AUGGAUGGGAAACGCGAAGAUGUCCUGGCGCGGAUGGCGCCGGGCGCUGGCGCCGCCCUGGUGGCUGAGGGAGGAAAAGGGGCGGCAAACGGCGUCAAAGUCGAGUCGCAGAUGUAUCAGCAACUGCGAAAGCUCAUCAACGUUGUGGACGAGUUGAGGGAUGUCGGCCUUCAGCAAUUCAUCCAGCUUCCACGGAUUUGCGUCGUUGGGACGCAGUCAGCAGGCAAGAGCUCGGUCCUGGAGGCGAUCGUCGGUCUCGACUUCUUGCCGCGAGGCGAUGGAGUCGUCACGCGCCGGCCGCUGGAGCUGCGUCUUGUUCAUCUUUCCGAAGCUGAACACGACCUGAACGAGGCGUACGCGGUUUUCGAGAACGACAAGGAAACGAAAAUCCGAGACUUCCAGAAGGUCCGACAGGAAAUCGAUCGCCUGACUGACCAGGUCGCCGGGAAAAAUAAGGGUAUUAUCGACAGCCCAAUUGUCCUGACCAUCUACGCGACGCAGUGCCCAGAUCUCUCGCUCAUCGACUUACCAGGCAUCACGCGCGUGCCGCUGAAAGGGUCCGACCAAUCAGAGGACAUCGAGAUGCUGACUCGCCAGAUGGCGCUGCGCUACGCGGCGGAUCCGCGCACGAUUAUUCUCGCGGUGAUUCCUGCGAACGUGGAUAUGUCAACGUCUGACGCGCUGCAGAUGGCGCGCCGCGUCGAUCCGCGCGGCGUCCGCACGAUUGGCGUGAUCACAAAAAUCGAUCUCAUGGACCGAGGAACCGACGCUGCCAAGAUGCUCACGGGGGAAGAAAUUCCACUCCGACUCGGCUACACCGGUGUCCGCAACCGAUCUCAGGCGGAUAUUCGCGAAGGCAAAUCGGUGCGCGAGUGCCUCGAGGAAGAGAAGACUUACUUUGCGACGCAUCCUACGUACCGCCUGCUCCCUCCGCAUCUGCUCGGCGUUCACUCGCUCGUUGACAAACUUACCAAAGUCCUCUUCCGGCACAUCAAGAACUUUCUGCCAGAAAUCAAAAAGGAGAUCGCCGGCAAAACGCGCGUCGUCCUCGACCGUCUUCAGGAGCUCGGAGACGGCGUGCCCAUGGAGGCCUCGGAGCGCGCGCAGCUCCUGUGGACGGCCAUCACCGACUACGUGGAAAUCUUCAAAAACACGAUUCGCGGCAAAUACGACAAGCGCCUCCAGAUGUACUUCGAUCACCAAAAGGACAUCACUGGAGGCAGUCAGAUUCGAACGAUUUUCAACGAGUUGCUCGAGGAGUUCAACGACCGGAAGGUGACGGAGGACAUCAGCGACUACGAGAUCGACGUCGCGAUUCGUCUCCAUGAAGGCGACUCGCUCCCGGGCUUUCCCUCGCCCGACACGUUCGAGUAUCUCAUUCUCCCCUACCUCAAGCGCAUUCAGGCCCCCGUCAUGGAGUGCCUCGAUCGCGUGUCGCAGACGCUGGAGUUGCUGAGUCAGAAGAUCGCGAAUCGGGUAUUUGGUCGUUUUCCGGCGUUGGCGGAGAAGGUCCUGGAGCUUUCGCAGGAGAUCUUGAUCCGGGAACGGGAGCACACAAAAGUGAUUCUGCAGCAGAUCGUCGACGCCGAGACGGGCUAUCUGUUCACCAACGACGCAAAAUACCUCGCGGAGCACGGCAGCAUGAUCAGUCAGGAGGCGCAGGAGACCGGUGCGGGCGCGUUCGGCGCCCAGAGCGCCGCCCAGGGCCCCGUCCAGCUCUACGGCGCCGACGGUCGCCCCGUCCAGCUGGGACCUGACGGCAAACCGAUUCCGCCCCCCACGCAUGCAGAGCGCGCUCAGCAGAUGCUGUCCAGCAUGCAGCAAAGCGUCUCGACUAUGUGGUCUCAGAGCUCGAGGGACAAACGCAAAACGGUCUACAGCGAGCAAUUCAUUCGCGAGAUCCGCCGGCGGCUGGACUCUUACUUCGCGCUCGUCCUGCGCAACGUCCGCGACGCAGUCCCUAAGACGAUCGGCUUUUUCUUGGUCCGCCAGCUGCAAGAGAAACUGCAAUUCGAAAUCUACAACCAACUCAACGACGAGAAGCAGUUCAACGAGCUCCUGGGCGAGCCGCCGCACAUCAUGGAGGAGCGUCGCGCCUUGAUGUCGCAGCUGCAGACGCUGAAGCGGGCGUCUGCGGUGCUGCAGAGGGACCCGACUAUUGCAGCUCUGAAUCUUGACAACGUCGACGAGACGUUUGAUCGCGAUUUGCGCGACCUGCAGCGCGACGCAAGCUCCCGCGCGUUGCCUAACCUACAGGCGUUCACUCCGCAACACGGAACGCCCGCCGCGCCGCAUCGCGAGGCUGUGAACGGCUUCACGCAGGGCCCCAGCGUGCAGAGGCCAAACGCAAGCAGCGGCUCGCCUCCUGGUUCCGGGGCCCAUGGACACGACGCGGGCGGCGGCUUCUCGUCGGGCUCUGCAGCCCUGGUCGCCGCCGGCUCGCUGCCUGACAAGGCCCGAAGCCUCGCGGCCUCCGCCGUGUUUGGAGAGCAAAAGGCCGGCGCGGCGUCUGCGGCGAAGCACGUCUUCGAGAAGGUUAAAUUCCAGGCGGCGAACAACCCGCUGUUCAGCGACUAA